UGGCUGCCGAAACCCUAGCUAGUGUUUCUCUGAUCUGCAGCGGCCCUGGAGUUCUCUUCCAUCUAGUUAGUCUUCGUUUCUCUUCCAGUGAACCAAAUCUGUGAAGAUGUUUACAUCCAGGAAGAAGAUCCAUAAGGAUAAGGAUGCUGAGCCCUCUGAAUUUGAGGAAUCAGUUGCUCAGGCACUGUUUGAUUUGGAAAACACCAACCAGGAGUUGAAAAGUGAUUUGAAGGAUUUAUACAUCAAUUCUGCAAUUCAAAUUGAUGUUUCUGGGAGUCGAAAAGCUGUUGUCAUUCAUGUCCCAUACAGAUUGAGGAAAGCUUUUCGCAAGAUUCAUGUGAGGCUUGUGAGGGAGCUUGAGAAGAAGUUCAGUGGAAAGGAUGUUGUCCUGAUUGCGACCCGGAGGAUGCUGAGGCCCCCAAAGAAGGGUUCUGCUGUUCAACGACCACGCAGCCGCACACUGACGGCUGUGCAUGAGUCAAUGCUCGAUGAUAUUGUUUUGCCUGCUGAAAUUGUUGGGAAGCGCAUUAGAUACCGAGUUGAUGGAUCUAAGGUCAUGAAGGUUUUCUUGGAUCCAAAGGAAAGAAACAACACCGAAUACAAAAUGGAGACCUUCUCUGCGGUAUACAGGAAGCUUUCAGGCAAAGAUGUCGUGUUUGAGUUCCCAGUUGCGGAGGCAUAAUGGGAUCAUAAUGAUGCCAUUUGGAGUUUAAUUGUUCUUCUAUCCCCCGAAUUUGCUCUAGUAGGCAAACUAUUUAAAAUUUUGACAAGGAUUUAGUUGAUUAGUGAGAUGGAAAUUGUUGUUUCGGAUCCAGUUAAUUAAAUUUGUUGUGUUGUUCUGAUUGACCUAGGGUUUUCAAGAUUUACGGUAAAUAAUAUCACACGUCUACUUAGGUGAGGUUGUGGGUAACUUUCUCCAUUACCCCAUGAAAGGAAAACAUGGUACAUAUAUAUUGCCAGCGUUUGUGGUUAUGUAUGGGCAAGUUUUAAAAGGAGGUAAUAUAAGCUUCCAGAUGUUCAGACAAUUAGAAAGCAAAAUUAAAAGUACAGUGGUAAGUAA